UAGAGGUGGGCGUAAAUUUCCCGUGGAGCAGCUGGCAGGCUUUCCGGAACAUUGUGUAUGUUUGGAGUUUGACCACACGGAUUCAAGGGACGGAGGGACCUAGCAGAAGCGAAAGAGAAGAAUGACUUGGGACACGAAAUUCUGGAGAAACUAAGACAUUUCUCGAAGCCUUUUCACCGAGAGGAUUUAAUUUACACAGGUGUGUUCGGGCGAAGACAGCUAUGGAACCAUCGCUUCCUGGCAACUCAGGGGUGCCAAAUCCUGGCUCCUCAUCUCCCUCCACCCUGCGGCCUGGCUCUACCUCUUCCAACUCGUCUUCUACUACGACCACACAAACAUCAGACCGCCUAAAGCCUAAACUCACAAUGCCUACACCUCCAGCCACGCCCUCAUCUACUACCUCUACUGCCUCUCCUCGGGCUUCUCCCGGUCCUUCCUCUCGUUCUUCCUCACUGUCCACACCACCUACAUCCCCUCUUCGCCAGCCCAUCAGGAGCCCCUCUCUAGUGGGCCGAUCUCAGCUUAAUGCUACAUUGAUGGAAAGUCCUCCAAAUGGAUCCGUGGCUGCCAAGGCUCCACCCACACCUGAACCAGAAGAGACGGAGGAAGAGGUCAGUUUUGAGGAUCUGGAGGAGAGAGCAAAGUCAGGAGAUGCUAAAGCACAGACCAAGAUGGGGCGUUACUUCCUAGCAUUGGCAGAAGAGCGAGACGAGGAGCUGAACAACUGCAGAGCGGUCACUUGGCUCAUCCAGGCUGCUAAACAAGGUCGUAAGGAUGCCGUUAAACUCCUGCAGCAGUGCUUAGCCUCCAGGAAAGGUAUCACUCUGGAGAACUUUGAGGAGGUAAAGAAGUUGAGCACAGAGACGCGCUUUGAGAGAGGAGUCAGAAAAGCAGCUCUGCUCAUGUACUGGAAGUUAAACCCAGAGAAGAAGAAGUCUGUGGCUGUUUCUGAGAUGUUGGAGAACGUUGAACACAUCCACACAGAGCCAGGUAAACCAAUUUCCCCAGGCCCACUCAACAGCUCUGCUAAGAAACAGAGGAGGAUCUUGGAGACUAUGGUGUCCAAUGAGGCCUCCUCCCAUGUGGGUCUGGAUGAUUUUGUUGAGAUGACUAAAAAGUACGCUCAGGGUGUUGCACCUUCUCCAGUAAUGGCUGCAGCAGGAGGAGAUGAUGAUGAUGAUGAUGAUGUUGUGGUGAAGAAUCCAGAUGAGUUGCCUUUACACCAAAAGCUCCUAAAGUUUCCUCUGUAUGCUCUGCUGGAGAUAAAGGAGCACCUCAUCGACUGGGCUUCACGUGCCGGCAUGCAGUGGCUCAGCGCUCUGAUCCCCACUCACCACGUCAAUGCACUCAUCUUCUUCUUUAUCAUCUCCAACCUCACCAUCGAGUUCUUUAUCUUCCUCAUCCCUCUGUUGGUCUUCUACCUCUCCUUUUUCUCCAUGGUCAUCUGUACGCUGCGAGUAUUUCAGAAUUCAAAAGCUUGGGAGAACUUUAGAGCUCUGACGGACCUGCUCACUCACUUUGAACCUGGUCUGGAUUUGGAGCAGGCAGAGACACACUUUGGAUGGACACAUCUGGAGCCUUAUUUGUACUUCCUGCUCUCUGUGGUUUUUGUAGUUUUCUCCUUCCCGGUUGCUGAUAAAGACUGGAUCCCAUGCUCAGAGUUGGCUGCGGUCGCUCUCUUCUUCACCGUCACCGCCUUCCUCAGCCUUCAUGCCUCGGCACAGCUCUUUGCUCGUAAAGCCCUCCUCACAGAGGUCCUCUCAGGAGCCUGCUCUCUCACUCAUGUCCUGCCUGACUCCCUCUGGUUCCUCAGGCUGUUUGGGAUGACGCUCAUCAAAGUGCCUCUCGGGGAUGCUGUGGCGUUGAAUGUGGGGAUGCCGUGUCUGCUGUAUGGACACCUUUUCUAUCUGCUAUUCCGUAUGGCUCAGAUGAGAGGCUUCAAAGGAACCUACCUGUGCCUGGUGCCCUACCUGGUCUGCUUUACCUGGUGUGAGCUCAGCUUGGUGUUUCUUAACAAUGCCUCUGCUAUCGGACUCAUCCGCACGUGUGUUGGCUACUUCCUCUUCCUUUUUGCCCUUCCCAUUUUGUCUCUGGGUAUGGCUGCGAUGCUCAUCAUCCAGUUGCUUCAGUGGUUCCUCGCUCUGGAGCUGACUAAGAUGGUGGUCACGCUGACGGUCUGCUUCGUACCAGUAGUGUUGAGGCUUUGGACACGCUUCAGCCUAAACCCCAUCUCGGUGUUUCGCUCCUUGUCGGGGAGCAGCGUUGUCAAACUCAUCCUGGUGUGGCUCAGUGCCGUGGUGCUCUUCUGCUGGAUGUAUGUGUACAGGUCUGAAGGCAUGAAGGUGUAUAACUCCACCCUGUCAUGGCCUGAGUACAGCAACCUGUGUGGCCCUAUGGCCUGGAAAGAAUCCAACAUGGCUCAGACUCAGAUUCUGUGCUCUCAUCUCGAAGGGCAUCGCGUCACCUGGACUGGACGCUUCAAGUAUGUGCGUGUGACCGACAUCGAGAAUGGUCCACACUCAGUGAUCAACCUGCUGCCUGUGUUUGUAGGGAACUGGAUGAGGUGCUUGUAUGGAGAGCCGUAUCCUGCAUGUGAGGAGAAGAACGCCACAGCAUGGCCACAGCCUUUGCCUGCCCCGGCCCCACCCCAAGAGGACCCACUCUGUAAACUUAAAAGACUGGCAAAGCACGAGUGCCACAUCAAACGCUUUGAUCGAUACAAAUUUGAGGUGACUAUGGGAAUGCCUCUGGAGAAGAAGACAAAAGACGGGACAAUCAUAGAGGAUGAAGAUGCCACAAAGGACAUCGUCCUGCGUGCGAGUAACGAGUUCAAAUCUGUGCUUUUACACUUAAACACGGGCAGCUCUGUGGAGUUCAGCACCAUCCUGGAGGGCCGCCUGGGCUCCAAAUGGCCCGUGUUUGAACUCAAAGCUAUUCACUGCCUGUCGUGUAGAGAUGCAAAUAUUACAAGUCGCAGGCAAUACAAGAUUGAACACGACUGGAGGCGCACAGCUCAGAAUGCUCUGCAGUUUGGUUUUGACUUUUUCUUUAACCCUUUCCUGACCGCUCAGCUGGAGCACUCUGAGACUGAAACAGAAACUGAGACACCGGAGGUGGGGGUAGACACAGACAUCCAGCAAAAACAAUAAGGAGCAUCAGAAUCUCCAGUUGGAGAAUUUUAAUGAUUGUACUACCGCUGUUUAGGAGUUACAGUUACUAUGAACUGUAGGAAGGCGGACAGAUGCUCAGACAAUAGGAGAGUCAGACUGAUAUUCAGUGUGUUUGUUUGCAUCUUUAUAGCUUUUGAGCCAAAAUGUGUGAAAAUACAAUGUCAUCUAAUGUAUAAAAGAGGAGAACACUGACUACUACUGUUUUUAGAAUAAGAAAUUAACUGCCGAACACUAAAUCAUGAAAAUCCAAACCUGAAGCUGGUCAGUUGUACAUUUCAUUCAUUAAGUCUCAUUGUGUCUAAUAAGUCUAAUAAUUACAUGGCUUUAAUUUGCUUUGUUAUUGUGAACAAAACACUAUCACUGCAGCACACGUUUAAAAAUGUUUAUCAGACAUUUGUUGCCAGAAUCAUCAGUAUUUGUAAUCCAGUUUUUCUUUGUGGCUUUCAAACUGUAAAGAAAACAUGUUUUUUUCUCUUUGUAACAGACUAUGAUGCGUGUAAGGAUGUCCUUUUCCACUAAGCUUUAAUACCAUACACUCUAGGGUAUAUGCAGCGUGUUGGUUAAUUUUGGCGAUUACUCUCAAGUGCCUUAUCAAACAUGAUUCAAGUUUGGUAGAGAUCAACCUUCACGUUUUUAACCGUGAACAUUUCAGAAGUUCAGCUGCAGCCGCUCAGCUUUGUCUUUACUUUUUUUUCUCCUCAUUUGUGUCGGUCUCUGCUGUGCAGAGAUUUAAUAGAAUAAGAGUUUGCAGCCCUUGACUGAUGAGUUAUUUGAUGCUAGGGUGUCCCUACUGUUUUCUGUACUGUGACCAAUA